AUGUCGUUCAACCCUCGUCCUGAGCCCUACCGCUACGAGCAGCACCGUCCCGGCGGCUACGACCCGCACAACGCACUUCUGGCGCCCAAGCUCGAGCCGUCGGCCAGCCCUCGCCGGUUCAACUUCUCGCCCUCGUUCUCGCCGACCGACUAUCCCGAACAGCUCGGCCUGUACAACCCGUGCGACCCCGGCUACUCGGCGUCGACGUCGGGUCCGUCGAGCUUCGAGUCGGGCGGGCACGACAACCGCGAGCGGCAGGCGGGCCCGAGCGGUCAGAACACGUCGUCGCAGCCCCAGCAGCCCCAGCAGCCCCAGCAGCACGGCCCGCCGCCCAUGAGCAUACGUGCUCGCAAGCAUGGGGCCGGCAAGGCGAGGCCGAGGGGCGGCAAGGUCGAGCGCGCGCGGCGCGAGAACGCCCUCGCGCGCUCGCAGCAGCAGCAGCAGCAGCAGCAGCAGCAGCAGCAGCAGUAG